AUGGGUGCCUCACAAUCUCAACCCAGCCGAGGUCAAGAACCGCCUGAAGAUCCUCCUCGACGCGUCGGUCUGCGUCGUCGUAUAUCGAGCUUCAUCCGCAGAGAUGAAGCUGACCGAGCCAAACGCGAGCGCUCCAACUCGUAUCAGAGUACCCCUGCCCGACCGGGACCCAAAAGGAGACGUGUAGGAGGGGCUGAAGAUGACGGGAGCAUGGAGGAUGAACCCGCUUUUGACGGUCCAUACCUAGGAGGUCACGAUGAAGGGGGCCAGUCUCAACCGAGUCAGCGCCUGAACGCCCUACUCGAUGACACGACUUCUGCUGGGCCUUCCCAACAGCCUUCCCAACAGCCAACCACCUCUACCCAUCUGCAGUCGGCCUUCACAGAAGAGCCUCCUCGUUCGCCUACGGAUGAGAUCCUGAGCGAUCGAUUACGUACGAUUUCGACUAUUCGUGACGCGCUCGGUCCCGAAUGGCGACCUCAACCAGCUUCAACGUAUCCGGGCAGCGGCUUGUUCUCUCGCCUUCGGCAUCGACGGGAGAUGCAACAGCAGGCAACGAGUAGGACUCAUUUAGCGCCGCCGCCGCCAACGCCUCCCUUGUCCACAGGCUCGACACCUAGCGCGGUCUCGACCGCUGCAUCUUCGACACGGUCGGCGCCGCCACCACCGGCUCGUGGUCUGUCACACCGUCUAAGCGCAAUCAUGGGUUUUGCGACGCCCUCAAGCAGCGAGGAUCUCACCGAACCUAGCGAGCCGCAAGAAAAUACGACACCGAGCACUACUCAGCCUGCUCCACCCAGCGAAGAGUCAGAAUCAACCCGUAUACCCGUUGGCGCAGUGCUCGUCAUACAAGGCCUCGCACAGACCCACGCAAACGUAGAUGCCUCCGGUCGUCCUGAACGUCGGGUCGAUGUUCCCUCUCUGGAUCAACAGGCCCGCAUGAUAGGGAACCUUUUGACCGUCGCUGCCGCUGCAACUGCAACUACACUUCUGUCUCCGGAGAGUCUUCCCCAGCAGCCUUCCCGGUCCACUGCCCAGAAUGCAAUGCACACGAUUAUCGACCGCCUUCGACCCCAGCGUAAUCGUGCAGCCCCGACAGUCGAAUCUGCAUUGGGAGAUUACCUUCGAACUGUGUUGCGCGACAAUCGCCGGUUUGCAGAGGCCGCAUCCGGUGAUGCACCGACCGGGAAUAACGUUCCUGCAGAGUUCCAGCAGUUCCUCCAAACACUCCAAGAGGACCUGAUCCAGGCCGUCCGCGCUUACGCUGUUGCUCCAGAGGAACAGGUGGAGACUGCAGAAGACGUGAUUGCAGCGGAUGCCGCCCCGACUUCCUCGCCCGCGGUUCCCGAAUCUGAACCUAGACCUGAAUCUGAAGCCUCAGAUGCUGAAAACGGGGACGAAGCUACCUCGAAUCCAGGUGCUUCAGAUCGUCCUGACCCGCCGAUUCCGACGUUCCACCACCAGGCUGGCCAGAUUCAACCGGACUCCGCGGAGCGAUCACUUGGCGUGUCGGGUGGAACCGACGGAUUACCGCGUCGACUCAACUUCUUCCGCGCGCAUCUGUUCCCCACAGUUCACAACAGCGACCAGCAGGAUCAGGAAGAGGAAGACGCCGUGGUUCCUUCCAUCUUCGUCGGUGUCAGGUCUAUCAGCCACGGCCCUGGCAUGACAACGGAAGAUCUUGUCGGACACCCGAGCUUCCCCUUCUUAGAUGGGCAGGUCCCUUCUGUCUCUGAAAUGAUGGACGAGGAGACACCGCAGUUCGACCGGGAUUUGGAGCGCGAGACUUCCCAGGCAGUGCCCGUCAGCCCCUCACUGAGUGGCGAGCGUCGCACUUUGCGUGAACGUGUCCUUGAUCGCUUCACUGCCCGACGCGAAACUCGCUCACCCGCCCCCUUGAACACCUAUCUAAUCUACGUCAUCGGUGGCAACUAUCCUCAGUCACACCCCGUGCUAGCCAUUCCCGCUCUUAUCAGCGGUGGACCUCUCAGUGAUGAGGACCUCCAGCUGGUCUCGGAGCUCCUCGGGCCAGCCAAGCCGCCCACCGCAACCGCCGAAGAGAUCGAGCGCUCCGGUUUGCAAGUCGUUCUCGGUUCCGAGCUUCCCGCCCUUGUCAGUGAUGGCAAGGUUCUUGAUGCCAGCGCCGAGAGGUGUAUGAUCUGCCUCAGCGACUACGAAGCCGAAGAUGACUGCCGAGUGCUGAAGUGUCGUCACGCGUUCCACAAGGAAUGCGUUGACCACUGGCUCAGCGCCGGUCGAAACUCCUGUCCCUCAUGCCGUACCGAAGCUGUCGAGAAGACGGCCUCGCCCCCUUCCACUGAAAGUGCAGACCCAACUACUACAUCAAGUCCCUCAGCAACUCCAUCAACGUCAGCCUCCACAUAG